CCCAAUGCGUAAUGUCAAACGGUAUGAGCUGUCGUCGAUCGCAAAAGGUAAUCAAAAGAGGAAAGAUAAAUCGCUAUCAGUGGGAGUGUUUUCUAAUUUUUCACCACAAUUUGAACACAUAAUCAGCACACAAGCACACCCGAGGAUGGCCGCAACGCUCAAACCGUAUCUCACCGCGGUCCGGCACACCCUAACCGCGGCGAUGUGUCUGACAAAUUUCUCCUCGCAAGUGGUCGAACGACACAAUAAACCCGAGGUCGAGGUUCGUUCGAGCAAAGAACUGCUGCUGACGCCUGUGGUCAUCUCCCGGAACGAGAAGGAACGGGUUCUGAUCGAAACGAGCGUCAACUCGGUGCGCAUCAGCAUUGCCGUCAAGCAGGCGGACGAGAUCGAAAAGAUCCUCUGCCACAAGUUCACCCGGUUCAUGAUGAUGCGGGCGGAGAACUUUAUCAUCCUGCGGAGGAAACCGAUCGAAGGUUAUGACAUCAGCUUUCUGAUUACCAAUUUCCACACCGAGCAGAUGUACAAACACAAGCUGGUCGAUUUCGUGAUUCACUUUAUGGAAGAGAUUGAUAAGGAGAUUAGCGAGAUGAAGCUGGCGGUCAAUGCGAGAGCCCGCAUAUGUUCGGAGGAGUUUCUGAAGCGGUUCUAAGUCCAGGACGAUUGUGUUGCAUGUUUACUCUCGUUCAGUCCCCUUAUGUUUUUUUUUUUGAGAAUCACUUUAUUUUUGUUCAAAGGUUUGACAAAGUCGAUGACUCAUUUUGUGGACUGAUUUGUAUAAACAUGGUUUUCUCCAGUUUUAGGAUGUAAUUUUCGGAUGUCGCCGUCUCCCACAGCUGGAAACACGAACGCAUGAUUGCAAAUUGUGCUAAUAUAAGUAUUAAAGUGACAGUUCUAAACAUUCGAUGAUAACUAGCGAGCCAAAUCUAGGACAAGAAAGCAAAACAA